UUGUGAGGAGCAGCAGUCACCUGCGGGUCCCGGUGCGAUGGAGAGCUCAGGCAACCGCAGCCGCUGUGACAGAGAGCACGAAACCUCAGAUUCAGCCCGAAGUGCGGAAACCUAAAACAGGAAUCUUGAUGUUAAACAUGGGAGGUCCGGAGCGGCUGGAUGAUGUGCACGAUUUCUUACUUCGUCUCUUCCUGGACAGAGAUCUAAUGACGCUUCCAGCUCAAAAUAAAUUAGCACCGUUCAUUGCCAAACGCCGCACACCGAAAAUCCAGGAGCAGUACAGCAGGAUCGGAGGCGGAUCACCAAUCAAGAAGUGGACAGCAGUGCAGGGAGAGGGCAUGGUGAAACUGCUGGACAGCAUGUCUCCUUGCACUGCACCUCACAAGUACUACAUUGGGUUCCGGUACGUCCAUCCUCUGACGGAAGAAGCGAUUGAGGAGAUGGAGAAGGAUGGCAUCGAGAGGGCUAUCGCCUUCACGCAGUACCCACAGUACAGCUGCUCGACCACAG